AUACAACGCGAAACCUGCGGUUGAGAAGUUGUAGCCAACCUGAACGGAAUAAAAUAUUGCAGGUGCUGUUUGUGUAGUCUUCACCGGAUAUUUGCAGGAGGAGGAGGAGGCUGAAUGAAUGGUAAAGAUAGAAAAUGUAGGGGUGCGGUAAACAGAGUAGCAUCACUGUAAAUAAUAGGAGGCAUCCUUUGGCGAAUACCCAUGGAAUAAGUUAUCUGAAUAUCUCGGAACUGUGAACAAUAGAAACCAUAUUUUGUCUGAUACACGCACAUAUAAGGAAUUGGAGCGCAUGAUCGUGUUCUCCGAUGAAAUUAGGCUCUGCCCGGAAACGUUAGACUUUCGUUCUCACGGUUUAUCAAAAUACCUUUUAUUUUCUUUGUCUUUCUUUUUAAUUCUCUCUUUCCCUCUCUCUCUCUCACACUACAAACACUCUCUUUAUCUCUCUCGAUAUUCUACAUAUCAAUUAGGAUUAUCAAGCCGUAUAUUAUUAUUAUUAUAUAUUGUUUUUAUGUGUGUAUUAUAAGUAUUGUUUUAUAUACAUUGUAUAUUUCAAUGAGUGUGUAUAUUCGCGUGUGUAAUGAUGUGUGUAUACUACAUCAGAUGAAAGACAGAACAAAAGAACAACAAGAGGAUGAGGAAGGAUGAGGGUUGACGUCACGUUUCGUGAGUGCUGUAACUCAUGGCAUUGGCAUUUUAUUGUGAAGCAAAUAACAACACAAGUAUGCUUGUCUCUUGUGGUGUCAGCCACACUCGACUUUUAUCUAAAUCUCUCCAGGCGACACUAUGUAGCUAUUCCCCCUCGCUCUGCUUCUACCGCCACCUCCGUUCGCCACACUGACUUGCACUCGAACGCACACCUCUCUUUUUCAUAGAUAUAUUGACAAAUAGUUAAAGAGAUAGAGAGAAGUGCAGAUAUAUACAUGUUAUGUCUGUAUAAACACACACGCAAUGAAAUGAUGUGUUUUCUCCGAUGUUUAUGGAUGUUCUCAUCCGUUAAUUUACCUAUGUACGGCUCUAACCAUAGAUAUAAAUGCGUUUAAUUGCGCAGCUUUUUGACAAUGUCAACAUGGUUUAAAGGUAAAAGUACAGUUACACUCUCUGCCAAAGACUUUGGAGGUGUAAAAAACGACAGGUUUGGGGGUGGUAGUUAGUGCAGCUUUUGUUUAUCACGAUGGCCUGUCUGUGAACUCCUGUUUUAAAAAGCCGGUUGGUCCGCUGUCACUUCACUUCACUUAGUGACAGCCGGCCCAAUCGGUUUGUUCUCUCUAAUUCAAUAAUGUUUUAACUACGAACAUAUUUGAAAUAGUUAAAUAAGGUAGUUGAAUUAAUGGAUUGACUAGCCUGGCUUUUCACCACUUUAUAGUCACAGCUAAUUCAUCCUGUCAUUAUUGUUCUCAUUCCUCCCUUUGUUAAUUUAGCCUUGUAGAUCGACACUUACAUUCAUAUACAUCCACUUACACCUAUUUACGUUUCUAUAUAUUUAUGAUGAUGCCAUCGAGGAUGGCUGUAAGCCUAACGAAGAGGGGCAUCGCUACAUUUAGCGUUGGCAUUAUAUUCGGUUUCGCUUUCACGUACAUGUUAGCCUAUUCGUCGCAAUGGAAUACCCGUUUCUUCUCGCCCAAAGAGACACGCAUAUAUUACAGUAACUACAUACCCGACAGCCCCCACGGACACGGUGGUGUCGAACAUUUAGGGGGCCCGGACAAGUCCUUUAAAUGGGCAGACUCGGAGCACCACAGUCAUCAAGGUGAAACCAAUUCACUUGCCAAAGUCCUAGAGUCACAGGUUCGAAUUCUAUGCUGGGUGAUGACCAACCCUAAUAACAUCAGAAAGAAGGCAAUACAUGUGAAUGCAACAUGGGGCCGACGUUGCAACAUAUUGUUGUUCAUGAGUUCUGCCGAUGAACCUGUCAACUUGCCGAUUGUGAAACUGCCCGUUUCAGAAGGCAGAAACAACCUAUGGGCAAAAACUAAGGAAGCAUUCAAGUAUGUCUACAAACAUCACAUGAACAACUAUGAUUGGUUCUUCAAGGCAGAUGAUGACACCUAUGCUAUCAUUGAAAACCUGCGGCAUCUGCUCAGUGAGCAUGACCACAACUCACCGAUAUUCUUUGGACGCAGGUUUAAGCCUUACGUGAAGCAAGGCUACAUGAGUGGUGGUGCUGGCUAUGUGCUGAGUAAAGAGGCUGUGCGAAGGUUCAUUGAGAAUGGACUCAACAAUAAGAGUAUCUGCCGUUCUGAUAACGGUGGGGCUGAGGACGUGGAGAUGGGAGCCUGCCUUGAGAGGGUUGGUGUCAAAGCCGGGGACUCACGGGAUAUCAUGGGACGAGAACGGUUCCACCCUUUUGUACCAGAACAUCAUCUCAUACCAGAUAUUCUUCCAAGGGAGAUGUGGUACAUGAGUUUCAAUUUCUACCCUGUAAGGCAGGGUCCUGACUGCUGCAGUGACUAUGCUAUUAGUUUUCACUAUGUACCUCCCAACAUGAUGUACGUGCUCGAAUACAUGGUUUAUCAUCUGAAGCCGUUUGGUCUGCAGAAUGAAUGCCUCGCUGCAGACAAACCCGACACUGCUGUUCAACGUCUUCCUCCGUCCAAAACUCAAAAAAUUAGUACCACUAUUAGUAAGACCAUUAAGAGUAAUGAUAAAAAUAAAAAUAAUAAUAAUAAUAAUAUUAAAAAGGAUAAAAGUGAUGAAAACUUUAAGAGUGACGCAAAAAAACGAACGCCUAAUGCUGCAAAAAACAAACCAAGUCCAAAGGUAGGAAACAAGAGCUAGGGGCAAAAAAAAAAAAAGCCAACAUGACUCAAUAAUAAAAAUAACAAAAAUAUUAAUAAUGAUGAUGAUGAUGAUGAUGAUAAUCAUGAUGAAAUUCAGAAGAAAAUCAAUUGCAGCAACUAUAUGAACAAGUAGACACAUGUUUAUGAAACUGGUCUUACUGCUGCUGUCUGUCUGUUUGUCUUUUAUAUUUUUUGCAUUCCCCCUUUUUGUUUCCCUCUUUUGACUCCUCCUCCUUCUCCUCUACCCAUGUUGUUCUUUGUCCUACUGUUGAUGCAGAUGUAAAUGUGUGUGUGUGUGUGUGUGUGUAUGUGUUGUGCAUGUGUUGCACCUAUGUGUAGAUGUAUUUGUCACACAUAUGCUUUGUGUUUAUGUGCAUUUGUUGCACAUGUGUGUUGUGCCUUUGUUGCACAUGUGUAUAUAUUGUGCACAUUGCAUAAGCGUGUGUGUGUGUGUGUGUUUUGCAUGCAUGAAUGAGUGUGUAUUGUGCAAGUAUGUGCCUUUCAAAUGUGUGUGUGUGUCUGUGUGUGUAUGUGAGAGAGAGAGAGAAAGUGUUUAUGAUGUUUGUGGUAUAUCUGUAAACACGUGUAUAUAUAUAUAUGUAUAUCAGUACGUUUAUUUGUUUGUCCAUCUGUUGAUAACAAAUUAAAAUAUUGACAUUCCAGUUUUGAACUAAAACCAUUAUAUGUGCAAACAUACACACAUAUACAUACACAUACAUGUAUCUAAAUGCACACAUGUUCAUUUAAAUACGCAUGUGUAUGUACAUGUGUGUACUGCACGCUCAUUCAUGUACAUACUUGUUUCUCUUUCACUCAAUCUUCUUCAUGCGUAUAUACAUUUUGUAUUAAAAACAUAUAUGCAACUGCAUAUUCAAAUGCAGUACAGCAACAGUGA